UUAAGGUCAGGACAUUUAAUUUAGAAGAGGAAGGUCAAAUAAGGUCCAAAAUAUAACCUUUUUUGUCUAUGCUUUUUUUUUAUUGUUGUUAUUCCUGAGAUCCUAGUCUUUUUACUUUCAAUGCAAAAUCAAACUUAAAUAGGAGUGAUAUAUUUCCCCCGGAUGACCGCUGGGGAAUAGAUCCAUUUGAAUUCUGAUCGUAGAAUAUUAACGUUCUUCAGAAUAGUUCAACAAAGGGAGGUGGUCGAGGCUGUCCGUCGGAGCGAGACAAUUCCUCAAACUCCGAUUCAGCAAAAAACACGCAACCUCUUUUUUAUUAUGCAACUCAGAGAAAACGAUAAAGCGAAGCAGCCACAGAAAAUGUAUAUCGAACUGGUGACUAUUCUUGCAAUAACCUUUACUCGGCGCAGGGAGGCGGUGGCACUUGGCUCACAACAGUAACUCGGUCGCCAUAGCAACACGUGUAUAUUGCAGAGAGAGAGAGAGAGAGAGAGAGAGAGAGAGAGAGAGAGAGAGGGGACACAAAUACAAGUUCUCCGUCCAGUCAAUAGUCCGUAGUCCACGUAAGCCAUCAUGAAGUUCUCUCCGGAGGUGCUGAACAGAGCUUACAUUUACCCGCUUUUCAUGGCGAAGAAUGAAAGCGAACUGAUAACCGCCAUGUGCUGGGGCUUCCCUGUCCUCGUCCUCGCCUCGCUCCUCCUCAAAGACUCGGAAAACAGGUCAUCCUCCAUCUCCUCCCGCCUCCGCCUGCCCGGGACGCUCGCCAGUUUCCUGCAGGAGGUCCCGGCGUUCCUCCUGCCGGUGCUGCUGGUGGCGUACGGGCGGCAGAGGAGCUACAAGGGCGUGGUGAACCAGCUGUGCCUCGGGAUGUUCGUUAUGCACUUUUUCCAGAGGUGCUUCAUCUCGCCGUUCCUGAUGACGAAGCACAGGCCCGUCCCCCUCCUGCCCUUCCUGCUUGCCUUUUUGACCCACGCUUACAUUGGGCUCCUCCACGGCCUCUACUUCGUAAAUCACUACCAUUACAAGGAUGAGGUGUGGCUUUUCAAACCCAAUUUCUGUAUAGGGUUCCUCAUCUUUCUGUACGGCAUGAAGACCAACAUCGGCGCCGACUCAGCCCUCAGGAAGGUACAGAGGGGCAGGGUGCCGACAGGAGGCUGGUUUGAGAAGAUAUCCUGUCCGCACUACUUCGGGGAGAUCCUGGAGAUGUGGGGCUACGCGCUGGCCAGCCUGGCACCCCCGGCCCUGCUGCUGGCCCUCGGCACCACGCUUCUGCUGGGCCUCCGCGCGCUGCACCUCCACCAGUGGUACUUGAAGAAAUUCGAGGACUAUCCAAAAACCCGCAAGGCAGUGAUUCCCUUCUUGCUCUAAUAUACCUGAACACACACCACUUGCGUCCAAUCGUCAGAAAUAUCUGCUGAUUACAGAUUUCCAGCACAAGGUGUUUUUGUUUUUGUUUUUUUGUUUUUGUUUUUUUACUGGAAAUGUUUAAACAAUGCAUGUGGUGUUAAUGCUCUUAUGGGUAUGCAUCUCUCUCCUAGAUGUCAACUAAUGGUUGAAUUUCCCCACAACAAAAGGAUGCAAACCUAGUAAAUAUAAUUAUGUGUGUG